CGGAAACGAAAACAGCCGUGUACAGUGUGAUACCCAAACAAUAUGUCGGCGUCCUUACAGCGUCUCACGUCCGCUGGGCGAUAUCUGUUACAAAGACACUUAGUGAAGACUAAUUCUUUACAUAGGCUCUCAGCUCCGCCACACAGACUCUUAGCUACCCAGGCUGCCCAGCAGGUGGCGCUAAAUGUUCCUGAAACCAAGGUGACCACUUUAGAGAACGGGCUCCGGGUGGCUUCUGAGGACGCUGGGCUCACCACUUGCACAGUGGGCCUCUGGAUAGAUGCCGGCAGUCGCUAUGAGAAUGAGAGAAAUAAUGGCACAGCACAUUUCCUGGAACAUAUGGCAUUUAAGGGCACAAGAAAACGGUCCCAGCUGGAUCUGGAGCUGGAGAUUGAGAACAUGGGGGCUCACCUGAACGCCUACACGUCCCGGGAGCAAACUGUGUAUUACGCCAAAGCUUUCUCUAAAGAUCUACCACGAGCUGUAGAGAUUCUGGCUGACAUCAUCCAGAACAGUACGCUGGGUGAGGCGGAGAUCGAGAGGGAGCGAGGGGUCAUCCUCAGAGAGAUGCAGGAAGUGGAGACCAAUCUGCAGGAAGUGGUCUUUGACUACCUUCAUGCUACAGCGUAUCAGUCCACAGCUCUGGGCAGGACCAUCCUGGGCCCCACUGAGAACAUCAAGACUAUCAACAGAGGAGACCUGGUUGAAUACAUCACCACUCACUACAAAGGGCCCAGGAUAGUGCUGGCUGCUGCUGGAGGAGUUUCACAUGAUGAGCUCAUCGAUUUGGCAAAGUAUCACUUUGGAAAACUUCCUGGCAGAUAUCAGGGCGAAGCGCCGGCACUUCCUCACUGCAGCUUCACAGGAAGUGAGAUCCGUGUUCGUGAUGACAAGAUGCCCCUGGCUCAUAUCGCCAUCGCUGUGGAGGCAGUUGGAUGGUCUCACCCUGACACCAUCCCCCUCAUGGUGGCAAACACGCUCAUUGGAAACUGGGACCGCUCGCUGGGUGGAGGCGUGAAUCUGUCCAGUAAACUGGCUCAGAUGGCCUGUCAGGGGAACCUGUGCCACAGUUUCCAGUCCUUCAACACUUGCUACACAGAUACAGGCCUCUGGGGGCUCUACAUGGUGUGUGAGCCCGGCACCAUCAAUGACAUGAUGCACUUCACUCAGAUGGAAUGGAUGUCUCUCUGUACGAGCGUGACGGAGAGUGAGGUGGCUCGGGCAAAGAACCUGCUCAAGACCAACAUGCUCCUGCAUCUUGACGGAUCCACCCCUAUCUGUGAGGACAUCGGCCGACAGAUGCUGUGCUACAGCCGCAGGAUCCCUCUGCACGAGCUGGAGGCCAGGAUUGAUGCCAUUGAUGCCAGGACCAUUAAGGAUGUGUGCACCAGGUACAUCUACAACAAGGCUCCUGCCAUCGCAGCAGUGGGUCCCAUAGAACACCUGCCGGAGUACGACCGGAUCCGCAGCGGGAUGUUCUGGAUGAGAAGCUGAGGACAGAUCACCAUUAUAAACACACCAUUUAAGGCUUGACUGUAGUACUUCUUUAAUUUUUAUUAUAAAAUAAAGACCAACACAAUAAUGUUAAAAUAACACAGA